AUGGCGGGGAGAGAUAGAAUCAGUGAACUUCCGUUUGACAUAAUUGACAAGAUUUUGAGAUUCUUGUUGAUUGAAGAAGUUGCUAGAAUGGCAGUUUUGUCUACCUUUUGGAAGGAUAUUUGGUUCAGUCUUACGCACCUCAACUUUGAUGCUAAGUUUUUAAAGCACAUUGAGAAAAAAUAUUCUCAUGCUCACAAUGAUAAUAGGACCAAAAAUAUGAAAAAGAAAAGGAGAAUCAAUGAUAUAUGGACAUCUGCUGGUUUGCAUGUUAUCAACAAAGUUCUCAUACAACAUAAUGGAUUUAUUAACAAAUUUGUUAUCGAUUUUUCUCAUACCCCUAGAAAUACACUUAGGUCUCGGUCGUUUGACAUCGAUCAGUGGCUCCUUUUAGUCACACAAAAAGGUGUUGAAGAAAUCAACAUUAGUUUAAGGCCAGAAAAUGAGUACAGUCUGCCGAAUUGCAUAUUCUCUUGCCCAUCACUAAAAAUAUUGCAUAUUUAUGGAGUCUCUAUUAAACCUAUAAAUGCUCAGUGCACAUUACCAAACGUCACUUCACUUCAGUUUCAAGAUGUUAACUUUGAUGGUGGAGAUCUUUUGGUUGAUGUUCCCAUGCUCAACAGUCUGUCAUUUAUUGGGUGUAAGAACAUGACUACUUUUAACAUUGCUGCUAAAAAACUUGAUCAUUUAGCAAUCCUUGAUUGCAGUUUUUACGAAUUCUCGGAUAACUUAGAGUUGAGAUAUUUUCGUAGUCUUGAAUUGGAUAAUUCAUCUAUCAAGGAUUUUGUUUAUGAAUUUAUUAGAAGGACGAGACUACCACUACGACAACAUGCACUAAAUGUGCAACACUUGACGAUAUCAACUAAGGAAGAAUUGAGCUCAUUAGAUAAUGAUGAUGAAAUGAGGAUUGGUGUUUCUGCAUUCAUGUAUUUGCUUCAAAUAUGCCCGCAUUUAAGGAUAUUUGAUGUGGAUUUAUCGUUUUCUGAAAUUUUGCCAAAACUUCCGGAGUUACUUCAUAUUGUACGUCAUGGAUAUAAAAUGCUUCGCAUAUUGGAGCUGCAAGAAUUUGCAGGAUUUCAGCGCCAAAUCCUUUUCAUCAAGGAACUACUUGCUUGCUCUCCAAUACUUGAGAAGGUUGUCAUUAAUCGUGGAAGGGUAACCAACAUCUACUUUGAAAAUAAUAAGGAGGAGAUUUUGCAUUUUCAUCGUGCCUCCACAAAAGUAGAAAUUAUUUUCCGCUAA